GAAGGUUGCGUUCGCUACAUCGGCAAUACAGCCUUAUCUUUAUGACCUGUUACGAAACGUGUGGGAAUAUACAAAUGUUGUGUUACUUUGGAAUAUAAAUAGCAAAACAAGGGGUCUAUGUAAACACCGUCUUUUGCAUUGUCAUUAUGCGAGCCUGAUGUAUUUAGAGCGCGAACGUAACAUUGUCUGCAUCUCAUAGCUUAUUCGUGAUCGGAAAAGUCAGUUUGAGGCUUUCUCACUCGACAAGACGCUUUACGCGAUCACACUCAUUACCGACUGGGGUGUUCUUCUCUUUCGUAUCUGCGUAAAUCAUGAAUAUAUAAAUGAAAUUAUUGGUAAAAGCAAAGUAUUCGAAGAAGAUGAAACAGAAGAUUGGGUUCGUGGUGCUUCUCCAGGCCUUACAGGUCUUGGCGGCGCCUGAGCUGAUGUCACAAUGUGAUGGGAGUGUUACGGAAUCCGUUUAUUCUUACAAUGUAAAUACAUUGGAUGAUCAAGCAGUGGAUUUGGGUCUGUUCAACGGAUCGAUUGCUGUUAUCAUGAACUCAGCAUGCUUCUGAGGUUUAACACCGACCAUGCUACCCGGCAUGAAUGCACUUCUCACGAAAUAUGAGGAAGCCGGAGUAGUUGGUCUAGGGUUCCCCUGUAACCAAUUCAAAAAACAAGAGCCAGGGAGGCCCGAUGAAGUGAUGAAUUGUUACGAGUUUGUUCGUCCAGGGGAUAGUUGGGCACCACACAACUUGUACAACAUCUUUGGUAAAGUCGACGUGAACGGAGUAUCGGCGCACUCACUUUAUAAAUUCUUAAAGGCUUCUUGUCCCGCGGUAACAGAGAACAUCGGUAAUAGACAACUGAUGUAUUGGGAUGAUAUAGAUGCUCGCGAUGUCACAUGGAACUACGGAAAGUUUCUCAUCGACUUUACCGGAAAACCAAGGUAUCGAUUCGGACCUACCGUUACACUUGAUCAGCUCUACCCGUAUGUAGAUGAGCUUAUUCAAGAACGAGAUGAUAUGACCAAGUAAAUGUGAUGAUUUGACCCCGAAAAUAUAUUAUUAAUUGUUAUCUUUCAUAAUUUACAUCUCAAAGGCAUUCAUUCAACUUCAAGUUAUGAAAUAAUAUCUGACGAAUUUAACCGCCUGCAUUCAUGAAGGCAGAAUCUUAAACGUUUUGCGUUGGUUUUGUCUGACAAAUGUCCUAUUUCGGCCAGCACUUGUGCAUUCGUGCGUGUCGAUACG